CUUAAAGUGGAGAGCAGUCCUACAGAAACACAUGGUUGAACGGGAAUAUGAGAGUGGUUUUGAGAACAGGAUAUAUUUGUUUGUUAUUUGCUUUAAAUCUGGAGGAUAGAAAAGUUCAGAGUUUACCCAAGAUACUGGAGAGGGUUGGACAUGUUGUUUUUAGCUGAAGUGAUGGAUAUAUCAAAUAUUUUUAGCUGGAGAAGAACUAGAGUCUAGGUGGAAGAAAUAGUAAUAAUGAUAAAUUCUGCUUCUUGAUACACUCCAGAGAUAGGAGAUGGAGAGUGAGAACAGUACAGUGGUGACAGAAUUCAUCUUCCUUGGUCUGACCCAGUCUCGAGAUAUUCAGCUCCUGGUCUUUGUGCUAGUUUUAAUUUUUUACCUCAUCAUCCUCCCUGGAAAUUUCCUCCUCAUCCUCACCAUCAGAUCAGACCCUGGUCUCACAGCCCCCCUCUACUUCUUUCUGGGCAACUUGGCCUUCCUGGAUGCAUCCUACUCCUUCAUUGUGGCUCCCAGGAUGCUGGUGGACUUCCUCUCUGAGAAGAAGGUGAUCUCCUACAGAGGCUGCAUCACCCAGCUCUUUUUCUUGCACUUCCUUGGAGGAGGGGAGGGCUUACUCCUUGUUGUGAUGGCCUUUGACCGCUACAUGGCCAUCUGUCGUCCUUUGCAUUAUUCAGCUGUCAUGAACCCUAGAGCCUGCUAUGUCUUGCUGUUGGCUCUGUGGCUUGGAGGCUUUGUCCACUCCAUUAUCCAGGUGGCCCUCAUCCUCCACUUGCCCUUCUGUGGCCCAAACCUACUGGAUAACUUCUUCUGUGAUGUGCCUCAGGUCAUCAAGCUGGCCUGCACAGACACCUUUGUGGUGGAGCUCCUGAUGGUCUUCAACAGUGGUCUCAUGACCCUCCUGUGCUUCCUAGGGCUUCUGGCCUCCUAUGCUGUCAUCCUCUGCCGUGUACGUGGGUCCUCCUCAGAGGGGAAGAGCAAGGCCAUGUCCACAUGCACCACCCACAUCAUUGUUAUAUUUCUCAUGUUUGGUCCUGGCAUCUUUAUCUACACUCGCCCCUUCAGAGCCUUCCCAGCUGACAAGUUGGUUUCUCUCUUUCACACUGUGAUUUUUCCAUUGUUGAAUCCUGUGAUUUAUACCCUUCGCAACCAGGAAGUUAAAGCUUCCGUGAGGAGGUUGUUUAAUCAGCACAUAGCCUAA